AUGGGAAUAUCCAUUUCGAAAAAACUUGAAGAACAACAGAAAGCAGAGGACGAUAAAGCCGUGGAAGAGCUGCAGACGCUGCAAGAGUUGAUGAUUAAUAAAGUUGCCGCCGCUACAGCAGAGAUGAGGGAACAAGCGCUCAAAGACGCUAAUGUCCCGAUUGCGGCGUUUGUCGACACAUCAGAGAAAUAUUUUGUCGACGUGUCGAACGUGCCUGAUGAAGACAUAACUGAAUCAAUCAAAGAAAUGUUUGGUGGAAACAUCAUACAGGGUCUUGUAGGCCUCAUCAGCGUAUCCCUCAAUCAGUUCUUGGGAAACACACAGGCUGGCGCAAGUGAGCAGAAUGAUUACCACAUCGUCUUUAGCAGUAACGCUCUCCUGCGAGUCGAUUUUAUGUUUUACAAAUACGAGUUUUCAUCCAAAGGAGUUAAAGAUGAACGUCGGAAUGGGUUCUGCUACUACACACAAGCUGCUGUUCUCAACCUCAAGAAGGUGGACCCGCAGGUCUUGCUGUACGAGCUCUCACGUACGAUUGGCGAGGAAAAUAUUCCCGACGCAGUAAAAAAACUUAAUUCAAUGGCUGAAUUUGCAGAGCGGUUGUACCAAAGUUAUCAACGAGUUGACCACCGCUGCCAAGAAAACCAUCACAGAUUCUGA